GAAGGAGCUGAAAAAAGAAUGUCAGCGUGUCUCCCCCCUGCUUGUACCUUAAAUAUCUUCCAUGCAGUUCACAAGAUUUAAUUUUAGAAGCAUUGAAGCAAACCCUUUCUAGCUGAAGUCAAAGCAAGAGGCUUUCCAGUUUGCUCUGUCCUGAACCUCACACUGACCAGGAAUUAUUCUAUUUUUUAUAUUAGAAGAGGAAAGAAACUACCAAGUGUUGAAAUGUCUAGCAGUUCAGACCUUGAGGAUCUCAAUGAAGAGGACAUUGAUGAAGAUGAAAUCCUUGCAAUGCUUUCUCCUGAGGAGCUUAAAGAGCUUCAGAGUGAGAUGGAUGUUAUUAUCGCCCCAGAUGAGAAUGUACCUGUAGGACAGAGACAGAAGGACCAGACGGAGAAACCUCCAACAGGAACAUUUGACCACAGAUCUCUGGUUGAUUACCUCUACUGGGAGAAAGAGUCCAAACGCAUGCUUGAGGAAGAAAGAGUUCCUGCUACUCUGCUGCCCAGUGAGAAAAGCUUACAGGAAGAAGCUGAAAAGAAAGAAACUGAAGAAAACUCAGAAGAUGUGAACUAUGAGGUGUAUGAAGUGAUAGAGGAAGUCAUUGAGGAUGAGGCUGCUGACUGUCCAGAUGGAGUAGAAAUUAUAGAGGAAAUAAUUGAGGAAAUAAUUGAAGAAGAGGAUGAAAGAGUCCAAAAUGAGAAAGGAAUAAAUCUAAAAAAUGAAGAAGAGGUGAAGCUACCUGUGCUUGACAAACCCGAGAAUACAGAAAAACCUGCUGAGCCCCCACAAAACACAGAAAAAGAAGCUGUAAGUAAUAAACAUGAGAAUCACCCUAUUUCAGAGUCAACUGAGAAGGUACAGAACAAUGAUGAUCGAGAUGAAAUUGCAAGUACCGAUUGCUUACUUGCACAAGAGGCUCCAGAAGUGCCUGAAACAAAUGAAGCAAAUGACAAACUCCCACAAAGAGAACAGAUUAAAGUGAACAAAUUAAAAAUCCCAAAGUUGGCACUGAAUAAUAUAAAAAUGACAUCAAGACCCUCAGGAAACGAGACGAACUUGGAAUCAACGCUUGACAAGCUCCGUAACAACAACCCCUCUGUCACUGAGGUAAACCUCAACAAUAUAGAAAACAUUCCUAAAGAGAUGCUCUUGGACUACGUCAAUGCCUUAAAGAAAAACAAAUAUGUGAAAACAUUUAGUAUAGCCAACACUGGUGUUGAUGAAAACAUUGCUUUCAGCCUGGCUAACAUGUUGAGAGAGAAUCGCAGCAUUACGACUUUAAACAUUGAGUCAAAUUUCAUAACUGGAAAGGGCAUCGUCGCCAUCAUUCGCUGCCUCCAGUUCAAUGAGACCCUCACAGAGCUGCGAUUUCACAACCAGAGGCAUAUGCUAGGUCACCAUGCAGAGAUGGAGAUCUCUCGCCUGCUCAAGGCCAACAACACCCUCCUGAAGAUGGGCUACCACUUCGAGCUGCCAGGGCCCAGAAUGGUGGUGACCAAUAUUCUAACCAGAAAUCUGGACCGGCAGAGGCAGCUGAGGAAGGAGGAGCAGAAGCAGCAGCAGCUAAAGGAGCAGAAGGAGCUAAUGCAGAUGUAUGAAACCAGUCUUAAUCUGCCCCCUGGUUUACUUGAGAUGCUGGGAUACAUACCGCCCCUUGAGCUCCUUCAAGAGCAUGGACUUGUCCCACCCUCAUCAGAGCUUAACAUUGUUCCUCAAACAUGUAAGACAGAGCAGCCAGAGCCACAGAAGAAGCCCAAACACAACAGCAUUCCCCAAAAACCUGCCACCGAAUCAUCAAACCCAUUAAGAGAUGUCCAGUUAAAGAGGACUCCCAAGAAACGUGAUCCAUUCUUGGAGCUUGACCCAAGGGAUGACAAGAGACCAGAGAGGCCAAGUUUUCAACUGAGAAAGACUCCAAAAGCUAAGGACGCAGGAGCUGGAGAGAUGGCAGAGGAAAAAGCCAACCUGACUGAUGUGAUAAAGACUUUGAAGCCUGUGCCUCGCAGACGAGUGCCUCCAAAGGUUGAUGUCACACCACGUGAUCAACUCCUAAAUGAAAUCAAAAAGAGCAACGUGGCAUAUCUCAAACCUGUGCCACUCCCAAAAGUCCUGGAAUCUAGUGAAACAAGUCUGCUCUGAGACUCAGCCGCAGCAAUUUCAUCAUCAUAUUGUGUGUGUGUGUGUUCUUUUACACAUAACUGGUAUUAGUCACAAUACAUGUGCAGUACAAUCAUGUGUGAACUUUGUAAUCAUUAUACAAGAAGAACUUUGGUUGAUUGAUCCACUUGUGUGUUAUCUUAUUUACAUGCUAAUAAUAAUUAAAUUGCUAAUGUUAAGACAUCCCAACCUUAAACUGUUAUUAAAGUAUUUCAGUCUUUUCAUUUACCAUCUGUUAAAGACAGACUGCAUUAAAUCAUUUUCCAAAGGCAUAUACAUCCUUUAACUUCACUUUGUAGUGUAAGCUGACUCAAACAUAAUAUGACAAAUAUCUCCCUAUAUAUAUAUAUAUAUAUAUAUAUAUAUAUAUAUACAUAUAUAUAUAUAUAUAAACUUUCUUUUUUCAUUUAAUUAUUUCACACAACAAACUUACAACAUACCAAAUUAAAUUUAUUUUUAUUUUAUAGAGGACAGUCAUGUUCAUUGCUUUCUUUUCAAGACUGAAAAAGUCACAUAGAAAUGUAGAUAUAUACGAUUUAUAUGAUGUAUACAGACUCUGCUAAGUGUCAAUGUUGCAUGCACAGACUGGAGUCAAUGUGCUUAUACAAAAAGCAACUAGAGACACCUGCAAAUAAAUACUAGGUGUAAAAAUAAACACUUUACACAUGACACAUUUGACUUAUCUCAAGGGCAGGUGGUUUACUAGGGAUUUACACACAGGAUGUAUAUAAUUCAGCAUUUACUUAAAUUCUGCAGCCAUUUGUUACAGUUCUGCAUGCUAUGUUAUGAAGUCAUAUCCAAAUAAUCAAACUUGCACAUAUCAUUACAAUAUAUUCAAACAAAGCUGCACUUGCCAUUCAUUUUUCAGUAUUGCAUAACUGUGAUCAGAGCAGAUAAACCAAUGCCAGCCUGUAUGGCUAGGCACUGCAGGAACAAACUACAGACAGCAAGAAAAACCACACUACUGUCUCGUCAGUCAGG